UGAUUGAAAGACAGUUUGCGGUCGCGGUUUUUGGAGGUUUCUAAUUUUUAGUUUUAUUAUUUACCAGGACUUUGUUCCUUAUAUACUGAAAACACUGGAGGAUUCCUUCUCUUCCUGUUUCUUCGAUUGGAUCAAUAUUCGUCCUUUCCCAAUAGAUUUAUAGCUAAAAAAAAUCUAUUCUGGCAGAUCACAUGUUAGAGGGUUGAAGAUCCUAUUUUCAGGCUUGAUUUGGUGUAGUUCAAGGCCUCUGAGGCCUUUUCCCUGUGGGCGGAUCUCUCUAAGCAGAUAGUUUUAAAUAUGGCUUCGACAGCACCGGCUUCAGGAUGGCUGAGAGGAAAAGUAAAAGCAGUGCCUUCUGGUGAUAGUCUUUUGAUAAUGGGAAGUGCAAAGACAGAGCUGCCACCUGAAAAGACAAUCACACUGGCAUCUAUUAUAGCACCUAAACUGGCUCGCAGAGGGACUGAAGAUGAGCCGUUUGCAUGGCAGAGUAGAGACUUUUUGAGGAAGCUCUGUAUUGGAAAGGAAGUAACCUUUCGAGUUGAGUACACUGUACCCUCAAUAAACAGGGAAUUCGGAUCAGUUUUUCUUGGUGACAAAAAUGUUGCCUACAUGGUUGUUUCCGAAGGAUGGGCAAAGGUUAGGGAAGCAGGACCACAAAAAGCAGAAGUGAGUCCUUAUAUAGCAGAGUUACGACGGCUGGAAGAGCAAGCUAAAACACAAGGUUUGGGCCGUUGGACCAAGACACCUGGUGCAUCAGGGGAAUCCGUCCGGGAGCUGCCUCCAUCAGCGAUUGGUGAUCCAAGCAAUUUUGAUGCAAUGUCUCUCUUAGCGGCAAAUAAAGGAAAACCCAUGGAAGCUUUUGUGGAGCAAGUUAGAGAUGGUAGUACACUACGGGUUUAUUUACUCCCCGAGUUCAAUUUUGUUCAAGUGUUCAUGGCAGGGAUCCAGUCUCCUUCUAUGGGAAGAAGAGCUGCUGCACCAGAAGUCCCAAUACCCUCUGACGUGGUCUCAGAGGAUAUAAAUGGGGAAGUUGAAACAACAUCUUUAACAACGGCACAGAGGCUUGCUGCAUCCACAGCUGCAGCUUCUGAAGUCCCACCAGAUCCAUUUGCCCGAGAGGCAAAGCAUUUUGCAGAAUUGCGAGUGUUAAAUAGGGAUGUUCGGGUUGUUUUAGAAGGGGUCGACAAGUUUAGUAAUUUAAUUGGUUCAGUACAUUACCCUGAUGGUGAUGUUGCAAAGGAUCUUGCUUUAGAACUCGUGGAAAAUGGUCUAGCUAAAUAUGUUGAAUGGAGUGCUAGUAUGAUGGAGGAGGAUUCCAAAAGGCGCCUCAAAAAUUCUGAGCUCCAGGCAAAGAAAGAUCGAUUGAGGAUCUGGACUAAUUAUGUGCCACCACCGUCAAAUUCAAAAGCUAUUCGUGAUGACAAGUUCACUGGAAAGGUUAUUGAAGUUGUUAGUGGAGAUUGCAUUGUUGUUGCCGAUGAUGCGGCUCCCUAUGGAAGUCUUUCGGCUGAACGCCGGGUUAAUAUGUCAAGUAUAAGAUCUCCAAAAAUGGGAAGAAAAGAUGAAAAGCCAGCUCCUUAUGCUCGUGAAGCAAAGGAGUAUUUACGUACUAGAUUAAUUGGCAAACAGGUCUAUGUAACAAUGGAAUAUUCUAGGAAAGUUGUAGGGACUGAUGGUCCUGCACCACCACCUCCAUCAUCAGCAGCGCCAGAUUCAAGAGUUAUGGAUUUUGGUUCCGUCUUUCUAGUAUCUCCUUCUAAGGGUGAGCUCGAGGAUGUUGUCCCCACAAUAUCAACUUCCAACCAACCAGAUGGAAUUAAUGUUGGUGAGAUGGUGGUUGCAAGGGGAUUUGGAACUGUAAUUAGACACAGAGACUUUGAGGAGCGGUCAAACUUUUAUGAUGCUCUACUUGCUGCAGAAUCACGAGCCCUUCAUGGAAAGAAGGGAAUACACUCAGCCAGGGAUCCUCCUGUGAUGCAUAUUCAAGAUCUUUCAAUGGCGUCUGCCAAAAAAACCAAGGAUUUUCUACCAUUUUUGCAACGAACAAGAAGGUUAUCCGCCAUAGUUGAUUUUGUCUUAAAUGGACAUCGUUUUAAAUUAGUAAUUCCAAAGGAGACAUGCACUAUUGCAUUUUCAUUUGCUGGUGCAAGAUGCCCAGGCCGUGGUGAACCAUAUGCAGAUGAAGCAAUUGCAUUCAUGCGCAGGAAAAUACUGCAACGUGAUGUUGAGAUAGAGGUUGAGACGGUGGAUAGGGUUGGCACUUAUUUGGGAUCCCUCUGGGAGUCUAAAACAAACAUGGCAGUAGCAUUGUUGGAGGCUGGUCUUGCCAAGCUACAUCCAUCCUUUAGUGCUGAAAGGACAGUUGAUGGCCACCUUCUUGCUCAGGCUGAAGAAAAUGCACGAAAGCAACGUUUGAAGGUCUGGGAAAAUUAUGUUGAAGGUCAAGAAGCUGCUAAUGGAAGUGCUUCUGAUUCAACAUCAAAGAAGGAAGUGCUGAAGGUUCUUGUUACCGAAGUUCUUGAUGGUGGGAGAUUUUAUGUUCAAGUUGCUGGUGACUCCAGAGUUUCUUCCAUUCAGCAGCAGCUUGCUAAUUUGAGUGUCCAAGAAAAGGCUCCUGUUGUAGGCUUCAAUCCGAAAAAGGGAGAUAUUGUUCUUGCACAGUUUAGUGCAGAUGGUUCCUGGAACAGGGCAAUGGUGGUUAAUGCUCCACGAGGAGGAAGUAUAGCCUCUCCAAAAGAUCUAUUUGAAGUGUUUUACAUUGACUAUGGUAACCAAGAAAAUGUUCCUUACAGUAAGAUGCGACCAUCGGAGGGAUCUGUCGCUUCUGCUCCUGGUCUAGCACAACUUUGCAGCCUGGCAUACAUAAAAGUGCCUGGGUUAGAUGAGGACUUUGGAAAUGAGGCAGCAGAAUACUUUAGUGAGUGUACAUUGAGAACUUCUAAGGAACUCAUGGCUAUGGUAGAAGAAAGAGACACCUCUGGAGGAAAAGUAAAAGGGCAAGGGACAGGACCUGUGUUAGUAGUAACCCUUGUCGAUGCUGAAGCAGGCUCAAGUAUAAAUGCAGCAAUGCUUCAGGAGGGUCUUGCUCGAUUGGAAAGGAAGAAAAAGUGGGAUACCAAAGAAAGGCAGCUUGCACUUGAUAAUUUAGAAGAGCAUCAGGACAAGGCCAAACAGGGGAGGUUGAACAUGUGGCAGUAUGGAGAUGUCGAUUCGGAUGAAGAUGAAGCUCCUUCGGCCUGGAAAGGUGGUCGUCGGUAGGGUGGUAGAGCCAUCAGAGUGUUAACUGAUAAGUUAUUUUUCUAGGAUUAGCUGUACUCUUAAUGAUCUGGAAUGGAGGUACUGUUUUGCCCUUCAAAUCUUACGAUUGGGCAGUUUUGAGAUGUUUUAAUUUAAGAAACGAUGUUUUUAUUUGUGAGAGUACAACACUAAUAAUCUUCUUCAUUAUGAGGGGAAGUUUGCUGCACAAUAAUGUAGCAAUUUGGACUAAUAAGAGAUGAGAAUCAUAGGCGUUUCUUAUUGCAAACUUUCAAAUAUGAUUUUUACAAGUACAAAUAAAGCAAUUGUACAUUAUCUGCA